AUGACUGUAUUCAUCUUAAUCAAAGUUUAUUUCCUAGGUGCGUUCAUCAACAAACCUUUUUGCUACUCAGAUGGUAUUCAUCAUGUAUUUGACGAUAUCGAUUUUGCUGGUAUGACUCACAAGGAUUUUAUUGGUUUUCUUGAACAAUUCACACAAGAGAAGUGUCAGAAAGUUUACUAUUGUCAACCGGAUUUAGAAAUCCUAGAAGGUUUAACAUUGAUUUCAAAUGAUCUGGAAUAUCAAGAGUUUAUAGACAUUGCGUAUAGGUGUGGAGUACAACUACCUGUGUACAUGGACCAUUUUGGUACUCAUCUGCAGGUAUUUUGUGAUGUAGUAAGUAAAGAAAAUUACAAUGAAGACAAUUGUUUUGUCAUGUCAAACAUAUCAAUGGAAAUGGAAAAUGGUGUUGACCUAACUCUAAUUGAGUUCAUGAGUCCACAUAAGAGAAACAUAGAAGGAGUAACGUAUGAUGGAAUCAGUUAA